AAUAGUAAUUUAUUUAUUGCAUUUAAAUUACAUUGUAUUAAUGAUUUAUUUUUCAUUUGUUAUAUUUUUUUUACAGUGGGUUGUUGUAGUUCUCAUUGCACGGAGGCUAUUGAUUCCACCCAACCGCAACGGCGAAACCCAUUUGACCCCCAAAGACGAGUUCAGGAAGAGGUUCCAACUGAUGUGGUUCUGGAGACUUCAGCUUCAGAUGCUGAUAUACAGGCCGAGUCUCCCUGUCACGUCCCAAAACUCGAAUUCGAGGCGCGACAGACGCCGUGCACUCGUGAAAGGAUCCCACAAUGCACAAGGCUCGGAACUUAUCCAAUUCACAUCUGACAAUCCAAUAACUUAAAAUCAGAUAUUUCAAUAAUUCUAUGUCCAACAUGACUUAAACUUAAAAUCACAAGGUAAAAUCUAUCUUACAAAAGCAUGAUUUAUUUCUAAAAUCUAUAUCAAUCUCGAAAUGGCUAGCCUUCUAACUCGUCACUUCCCGUGGUUUCCCCGUCCUCGGUUUCACUUCCUGAAAUGGUGGACAAGGAAAAACUAUGAGAUAAACUCAGUAAGU